GGAAAAGGGAGCAUCAGCCAUGGUGAUCGACGGAAUACACGGUUUUGUGGAGAACAUGGACAUCUUAGGCAAUCUCGGAGGGAGAUCUCUACGCAAGCCCGCCUCUCGGCGUGAGGCAGCUCUUCGCGGCACCAUGUUCGGCGGCGCCCUCAGCGGUUUUGUCGGCCGUCUGUGUUUCCAUCCCAUCGACACAUGCAAGGCCAAACUGCAGGUGCAGAUGCUCGAGCGGUCCCGGAAGAGCGGCGUGGGCAGCGGGGGAGGGCCGCCGGCGGCCUACAGGAACCUCUUCUCGACGCUCGUCCACACCAUGAGGGCAGAAGGGCCGGCCGGGCUGUACAGGGGAUUCGGGUGAGCGACAUCUCUGCAGAUCUCACUGCAGACAUCAAUAUCUCUCCCUGCUGUGUGUCUGUCUGUUGGUGCGACUCCAUCCGUUUGUUUAUCAAUCAGUGUGACAGGUUUUGGUUCGAUUCCUGCCACGUGUCUGUACUUCACGUCGUAUGAGUACUUCAAGGGCAAGCUACAGGAGUCGCUGUAUAUGGUCAAGGACAUGCCGCCGGACUCCAAGGCACACAUCCUCACCGACUUCAUUGCGGGCUUCUUGGCCGAGGUCGUCAGCUGCAUCCUCUGGGUGCCCAUCGAUGUCUCCAAGGAACAGCUACAGGUACUCAGAGAGGAGGGACUUUAAGAGGGGAGGGGAGAGGGAGGAAGUGGCUGUCAUCUGGAUGUCUGGAUGUCCGGCUGGUUAUGUAUGUCAUCAGACGCAGUAUGAGCUGCGGGCCACUCAGCAUCGGGGGAGCUUCGACGCCGUCAGGAACAUCAUGAAGGAGGGGCUGCCACAGGUACGUACAUGUGCUCUUGUAGAGGAGGGAGUGAGGGACACUCAUCUGCCUCAUCCAUCCCCUCCUUUGGUGUGCUGUGCUGCAUUGCAAUGGAUUGCCCUCUUAGCUGUAUCGCGGCUACUACGCCACGCUGCUGUCUUUUGGCCCCUUCUCUGCAUUCUACUUCAUGUUCUACGAGGUGAGGUCAGCACAGCACAGCACCACCGACCCGACCUGACCACCCACACAGAGAGAUCUGAUCUUCCCUCUGACUGACGCAUGGAAUGCAUUCAUUCAUUCAGCAAUUCAAGGCUGGGGCGCAGUCGGCGUACACGUACAUGAGCCCGCCAGACUUCCAGCCACUCAGACCGGCGGCCAUGGAAUACGCCAGGGAUGAUGAUGCGGGAAGUGAUGGGCGGGGAGCUCGUGCGACAAACAGAGCGUCGUCACCGAUGGAGUCUGACCCGGAUGCUGCCGACGUGUCCCUGCCCUUCCACUGGCUGCUGGCCGUGGGGGCAGCUGCAGGUGCGCACACUCGUCGAUGGGCGGCAGGGUAAUCCGUCCAGUCCCCGUGUUGUGUUGGUGUUGGUUGGUGUGUGGGUGGUGCGCACAGGUUCAGCGGCAGCAUUUGUGACGAAUCCGCUUGACCUGGUGAAGCUGCGGCUGCAGGUGCAGCGGACGGCCAAGAGGUCACAGACCGGCAUGUCCACCCCUUUCCAAUACCGCGGAUUCUGGCAGGUAUGCACACACGGCCAUAGGGACACACUGCACAUGUAGUACUCAUCUCUCUUUCUGUUUGUUCUUCUUUGUCAUGUCAGGGUCUGCGAGGUGUGUUCGAGGUUGAGGGAGUGCGUGGGCUGUUCAGGGGUUCCGUGGCGCGCAUCCUCUUCCAUGCGCCAAACUAUGCUCUGACCAUCACUCUGAUGGAGAAACUGAAGGAGGGCUACCUGAAAUACGUGGAGCCGGGGAUAUGACGCGACGUCACAUCAGUGUGUAGUGGUUUUGUGGGGGUGGGUGCUUGUUGUCGUGUCAUGUUCACUGACUGUCGAUGGGAUUUUGGACGAUGGGCG